CACUCCACAGUGCCGCGUCCUUAUUGGCAGUCCGCUCAACAACCCGCGGUCGGUCGCCGCAGACACACGAUUAACAGCAGGAAUACAACAGACGCACAACCACCUCCAAGGAUGUCUGGGAUCACUGGGAAUUUGGAUUGCGAGGACUGCUUAUCUUCUGCACAUGCGGCCAACAGCACGGAGAUACAUCUGCACUCCACUGAGGAUGAGGACGAUGAACUUCUGAGAUACAUCUGGAGAGAAUACUUACACCCGAAGCAGUAUGAAUGGGUUCUCAUUGUGGCUUACAUUAUUGUGUUCUUCGUUUCACUCAUUGGAAACUCGCUUGUUUGUUUUGCAGUGUGGAAAAACCGUCACAUGCGCACCGUGACCAACUAUUUCAUAGUGAAUCUCUCCUUCGCUGACGUCUUGGUCACCAUCAUCUGCCUGCCUGCGAGUCUGGUGGUAGACAUCACAGAGACGUGGUUCUUUGGAAACACUCUUUGCAAAGUCGUGCCUUAUCUGCAGACCAUCUCCGUUUCUGUAUCAGUCCUAACACUGAGUUGCAUCGCCCAAGACCGCUGGUAUGCUAUCUGCCACCCGCUGAUGUUCAAGAGCACAGCCAAGAGGGCUCGUAAGAGUAUUGCUGUCAUCUGGGUUGUGUCGUGCAUCAUCAUGAUCCCUCAGGCUAUUGUAAUGGAGUGCAGUAGCCUGCUGCCUGAACUCACGAACAAGACCAGCCUGUUCACGGUGUGUGAUGAACAUUGGGGAGCUGAGAUCUACCCAAAGGUGUAUCACACCUGUUUCUUCAUUGUCACCUACUUUGCACCACUAUGUCUCAUGGUCCUGGCCUAUAUCCAGAUAUGUCACAAGCUGUGGUGUCAACAGAUUCCUGGAAGCACAUCAGUAUUGCAGAGGAAGUGGAGGUCCAUCCGGUGCUCAGUGCCCACUUCAGGCCUGGGAGAAUCAGCGAGGAUAAGGAGCAGCACAGUUUGUGCUGAGAUUAAACAGGUCCGAGCCAGACGCAAGACAGCUCGCAUGCUGAUGGUGGUGCUCUUUGUUUUUGCCCUGUGCUACCUGCCAAUCAGCGUGCUCAAUGUCAUGAAAAGAGUCUUUGGGACUUUCAAGAACACAAAUGACAGGGAAACAGUGUAUGCGUGGUUCACUUUCUCACAUUGGCUCAUAUAUGCCAACAGCGCAGCAAAUCCCAUCAUCUACAAUUUCCUCAGUGGGAAAUUCCGUGGGGAGUUCAAAGCUGCUUUUUCUUGCCAUUGUUAUGGCCAAGGCCAAAAUCGAACCAAGAGGAUAAGGACCAGAACCAGCACAGACAGCCGAAAAUCUCUGUCAACUCAAGUUAACAACAUGGACAAUGUGUCACGCGUAUCAGAUCAGAUAGUGUAGUCUAAACAUCCAGGUGGGGACCAGUUCAAGCUUCAAAGGACACAGUUAUCACGCUCACAGGUAGACACUAAAAUGUUUUAUUUUGGAUAAACCUCUGAAUGGAAAACUGUGGUGGUAACUGUGGUUUUAUCUUUGGUUUGUUUCACAAGGACAGUUUAUGGAAACUGAGAGCUUUAGAAAACUCACCUCUGUUUUCUGAAAACCUUCUCAAUUCUUUUACAUGAUCAGAACCACAGGACAUGGCAACCACUUGUAGUUCAUAGAAACUGUCAAUUUAUUAUCAAAGAACACCAUUUUGAUGUUUAGUGUUUAAAAACUCCUACCAAAUUUUAUGAUGUACAGUUAUGUGACAUGAGUUUUGUUGCACAUGGAUACUUUUAUUGUGUUGUAAAUGUACCAUUUUGUAUUUAUAACUUUAUGUUUAGUUCAGUA